AUGUCCCCAUCGGUUUGCCCCGACUCGGAGGAAGACGACGAAGACGAGCUGCUUCAAGGCGACGAGGAUACCAGUCAGCAAAGCCUACAGUCCUGGGUUGCAGGUCAUGCCGAGAAAUACGACGAGCUGUCAGUGCCAUUGAACGGACAGCGGUCUCCGGGAGGCACCAACUCAUCUGGUAGGAGACUCAUCAACUUGGAAUUAUUGCAUGCGACUGACGGAGACAGAAUUGCGCCGACAGAUCGGGGCUGCAGGGCGUGCCCUCUUCGAUCCAGCGUCGCAGCAGGCAUUCAGGAGCGCUCCGGCAAUGCCUUCGUCAACUUCACCGGUGCUGAGGAGAGACAAGCGACGCCGAGCCACAGAAGUGGCAUCUGAACCCGUUGCUAGUCCAUCAAGAAGCGUAAAGCGCACCAAGACUAUGAAUCAGAAGACUUACGGAUCUACGAGCUCGAGAACUCCACGGCCAGCUGAUGAUGAAAACUGGAAAGCCUUUCGGAACGGUGACGAGCCCGUGGCCAAGACAUCUCAAUCUGCUGGAUUCUCCGAUCAUUCCUCUGGGCCAAAUCCAUCUGGCGGACUUCCAGCAGGGACGAUUCGGCAAGAUUUCAUGGACCAUGAGCCGAAUUUGAUGUUUCGUGACACUGGAAGUACGAAUGCCUUCAACGAAUCUUCGGAGCAGAGGAUUAUGGAGACCGUUCUGACGACGGGCGACGCAAGACCGACAAAUGACGAGCCAUCUGCGAAUGUCACGGCGUCCGACAAGCAACAAGAUUCCUCCUUCCCCUGGUCGGAGUCUGCGGGAGCCACGCAGUCGCAAAGUGCAAACAACACCAACCCUCCGCCAGGCGAACCCGACAUUUGCAAUGCCGGGGAGGCCAAACGAGAUGCUGAACGCGAGAUGAGCGCGACCAAACCGACUGUAGAAAAUGAGAUGGUCGCUGCGCUGGAGGAAGACUCACAUCGCGCCGAGGAACCAGAAGUCGAGGCAAGAGACGAUGAAAUACACGUCAGUCUGUCAGAAAGGAACGAGCAGCAGCACAAGGUCCCGCCAAAAUCAAGCCCCAUUGUGGAAAUCCCUCGUCAUCGUGCUGCAUCAGCCACUUCAUCGAAAGACACGCCAGUGAGCUCACGAAAAGAAUCAACCCCCAAAAAGACUCGCGGCCGUCGUCGAAAGACUGUUGGCGGUGACGACCAGGAACGAAAGCCCGAAUUGGAUCCUCUUAACUCGGACGACAAGCUAAUCGGGUUGCCAAAAGAGCGUUACAUGCCACGACCAAGCCGUCGACGAGCAACAGACAUCGUAGAGCCGGUAGACUUUUCUGCGGUGCCAGAACGAGCGGCAAAGAAGCGUCGAAAGACAGCAACUACCAAUGUCAAUGAUAACAAAGCAGACGCCGUCUCAGCAACUACGAAGCAAGCUGAAAGCCAAACAAUCACUCCAAGCAUUGAAGAAGAUGACUCGAGGACGGAAGUACCUCAAGGUCAAAGUGCGAAUCCUACCUUUGCAGCCGACGACAAGCAAGCACCUCCAUUACACAGACGCCAUACACCCAUACAGCCAUCCGUGGAACCGCUCAGUCCGCCACCGCCGGCUGAAUUUGAAAUGCCGUCACCGAAAAAGAGAGAUCAAUCUGGUAGAUCCAAUCCUUCAUCUACUAGCCGAGUGGUAAUGGGUCCGCCGCCUCUACCUCCGUCUUCCAAGAAAAAGCUCUCCAGAUCGAAGACCACUAUCUUCGAGGAUCACGUAGCCUUUGGCGGGUUUCGCAAGUCUCCUACUCUAAGCCAACAGCAGGCGGAGAGAGCUCAAUCGGUUCUCAGUGAGACACCAAACAGUGCAUCACGGGCAAGACGCUAUAGAACGAGACCAGUCGUAGAGGACGACGACGACGAGGAAGACGAGCUCGCUCAGGACCACACUGUCGAUGAGGAGGAUCCUCCGCCAAAAGAACGAGGUCGCUCGACCAAAGCCGCCGCCGCAAAUAAAGCUGCAAAGUCAAGGGUACUUGCAGACUCCGAAGAUGAAGUGGAUGAUCUCAAUGCCGAGCAGGACGGCUCUGUCGACGGGGACGACUCUCCGCCCAGGAAACGCGGCCGUCGAGCCAAAGCCGCUGUUACGAAGAAGGGAAAACAGAUAGGGAACAUUCUUCCUGACUCAGAAGACCAAGAAGAAGAAGAAGAAGGCGACUUCAACGACAACAAAGUAGAAGCCGAAGAGAUCAAAGGACCGCCCAAGAAGAAGCGACCCGGGCGACCUCCCGAAGCGAAACCUCAGGAAGAACCCAAAGGCAAUAGCGCCGAUGGCGGAGAAGACACAACAGCGCCAGGGCCGGAUCCAGACAAAGUCAACGUUCCAUCCAGCGACACGGCCGCCGUCAGUCAAGGUGAGAGCAGCAGCAGUCCAUCCAGAGCAGCUCUCGAGCGCAAAGACCCGAAUCGACAAAUUGAAAACGCAGCCGCAAAAUCCGACGAGGCUCCCACAGCAAAGCCCAGCUCGACUCCCACCAAGCCCGCCGACGCGAAAACGGUCCAUUCUCCGAUCAAAAGCUCUUCGGGCUCAGGCACGCAGUAUCGCGUUGGACUGAGCAGGAAGAGGAAGAUCCCGUCUCUGCUGAAAAGUAUUCGGCCGCCGAAGCCUUCGACUACACGAUGA